AUGCCUGAGAACGGAGGAGAUUUCACCUUCUCUAAGGGCUCCAAGGCCACAGCUGCCGCGGCAGCCCUGCUCACAAGAAAGAGCCUGCCGAUGAUCCAGACGCACCCAAAGGGAGAGAACGGCAUCUGCCACGACGAUAGCGCGGCCCCCGUGAAGGCUCACACUCUUGAUGAGCUCCAUUCGCUGCAGAAGAAGAGGUCGACCCCCACCACUCCCGUCCAGGGAGCUCAUGGACCCUUUGCCCAUCCCGUCUCCGACGACGGGCUUCAGAAGCAGCAGCUCCAGUCCAUCAGGUUCUCCAACACCUUCAAACUAUAUCAACUAUAUCAACACCUUCACACUCAGCUCCAGCUCCAGUCCCCGUUUUUAUCUUCAUCCUCGUUACUCCCUUGUUGUGGCAUCGAAAGACAACAGAAGGGGGGAGAAACAGAGAAGGUAGAGCAUUGCCGGUCGUACUGAUCCGUAUCGUCCUGUGUUUAUUCGAUGACUGCAGCGCCUCGCUUGCAUCGCUCACCCGGGAGACGGGACCGAAGUUGGUGAAGGGGGACCCGGACCGGAAGGUGGGGGAGACCACACCCCGGGUGGCCUCCCACCACCAUCAUCCCUCCAUCCCAGCCAUUGGCAUGAGCGAUAGCGCCCUCAAGUUCACCCACGUUCUCUACAACCUCUCGCCCGCAGGUAGCGCCGUCCUUCGUGCCCCUCUGCAUCCCCGUUCUUCUUCCCCUCUCGCGUCGUCGUCUAUUUCAACCCUUUCUUGCUCCUCUCGUUGUUGCAGAACUGUACGAGCAGGCCAUCAAGUAUGAGCGGGGCUCCUUCAUCACGUCAACCGGUGCUCUGGCCACCCUCUCUGGCGCCAAGACAGGGCGCUCCCCCAGGGACAAGCGCGUCGUCAGGGACGACACAACCGAGCACGAACUCUGGUGGGGAAAGUAAGUCUUUACCUUCCCUUUCCCCCCUCCGCCGGAAGCUUACUUCCAUGGAUAGCUGUUCUCCCGCGAGAGACAUCGAAAACCAAGCUCACCUUUCUUCCUCGCUUUGUCAGGGGAUCUCCCAACAUCGAGAUGGACGAGCACGCCUUCAUGGUAAACAGGGAGAGAGCGGUAGACUACCUGAAUUCCCUGGACAAGGUAUCUCCAACUUUCAGAAACGGCUGCAGGCCACUUGAACAUCCUCGCCUACUCUUCUUCUGCCGGGGACUCCCUCGCCAGCACAUUUUCUUUUAUUGGUCGGAAGACGGCUAACGUCUCGCGGCUUCUGCUUUCGUUCUUACCUCCCUCUGCUUAUUUUCCUUCCAGUGGGAAAAAAAUGACAGGAAAGAGUCCUUAAAAACAUCUGGCUCAUGAUUCAUGUCUGUCCUCAGGUGUUCGUGAACGAUCAGUUCUUAAACUGGGACUCGGAACAUCGGAUCAAAGUCCGCAUCGUCUCUGCGAGAGCGUACCACUCCUUAUUCAUGCACAACAUGUAAGUAAACAUCGCAAGCACCUUACAUGCGAGAGCUGGUUCCCUCUGACUUCCCCGGGCCCUCCUCCGGCCGGUGUCCGAACGCCUGGGAUGAGCAUCGUCACCCUCGAGUCGUCGGAUGCAUCGGUGGUCGCUAACAUUAAGUUGACGAUUGGAGCAUAACUCUGUGGAUGGCAGGUGCAUCCGACCCACACCCCAAGAGCUGGAGCAUUUUGGCGCUCCAGACUUCACCAUAUACAAUGCCGGUCAGUUCCCGUGCAAUCGUUACACGCAUUACAUGACGUCGUCGACGAGCAUAGACAUCAACCUUGCUCGAAGAGAAAUGGUAAUCCUCGGCACGCAAUACGCCGGGGAGAUGAAGAAAGGCCUGUUCAGUGUGAUGCACUAUCUCAUGCCGAAGAGAGGAAUCCUGUCCCUGCAUUCCGGUUGCAACAUGGGGAGAGGUGGGGAUGUGGCCCUGUUCUUCGGACUCUCAGGUGAGGCUGUCCGGUCCUCUGCGACUACUUCUUGGGGUUCUAUGUACUUUCCCGGCGUAUCACCGCACCUGAAUCGGACGUGGUUUAUGCUCCCCCGUCCAGGCACCGGGAAGACGACCCUGUCCACGGAUCGUAACAGGUUCCUCAUCGGAGACGACGAGCACUGCUGGAGCGAAAAUGGAGUCUCUAACAUCGAGGGGGGCUGCUACGCCAAGUGCAUCGACCUGUCUAGGGAGAGGGAGCCCGACAUCUGGAACGCCAUCAAAUUUGGAACCGGUAAUGGCCCCAUCUCGUUCGAAGCCAUCCCCGUUUCCCCGCAUCUGGGACUCUGAUCGUCAUGGAAAGCGUUGAUCUUUGCUGCCGGCAGUACUGGAGAACGUGGUGUUCGACGAGCACACCCGAGACGUGGAUUACUCGGAUAAAUCUGUCACGGGUACGGCCUUCAUCCACCGGGCUCCCCAAGCAUAAUCUUUUCGAGGUUCUCCUUAGGGUGACGCUAAGACUGUCAUUGCAGAGAACACGAGGGCUUCCUACCCGAUCGAGUACAUUCCCAAUGCUAAGAUACCGUGCGUCGGGCCGCAACCGAAGAACGUCAUCCUCUUGGCGUGCGAUGCAUUUGGUGUGCUCCCUCCUGUGAGCAAGCUCAACUUGGCGCAGACCAUGUACCACUUCAUCAGUGGCUACACAGCACUGGUAUGUAUGCACAACGACGGCAUAAUGUCCGCCUCUAGGUCCGUUCGGCCAACUCUUCCGGUUCCCGUGGAACUCACAAAUACCCCCACGGCUACCCGCGGAGAUUAGGUUGCGGGCACGGAGGAGGGCGUAAAGGAGCCGCAGGCGACCUUCUCGGCCUGCUUUGGGGCCGCUUUCAUAAUGCUACACCCCACAAAAUAUGCCGCAAUGCUGGCCGACAAGAUGCAGAAGCACGGUGCCACAGGAUGGCUCGUCAACACUGGUUGGUCCGGCGGAAGGUGAAUUCCUCACCGCGAUCAUUUUCUAGUCUUGCCGGCCGGCUUCGAUCUUCCUCCAGUUUCCAUCCUCUGCUCUUCACUGCCCAAAAGAGAAAAGAUAUGAAGACUGUGUACACCUUGACGAAACCGUCCUGCCCCCCUCCCUUCCCCUGCGACAGGUAUGGAUCGGGCAGCCGCAUCAAGUUGCCCUACACUCGGAAAAUCAUCGACGCCAUUCAUUCAGGCGACCUUCUAAAAGCGAGCUACGAGAAGACGGAGGUGUUUGGCCUCGAGAUACCCGCCCAAGUCGAAGGUGUGCCAACGGAGAUCCUCAAUCCUAUCAACACCGUGAGUCACCCUCAUCCGUUUCCGUUCAUCCUUCCACAUUUGCCCGAGUUUACCAAUGACGCAGUGAUGAGAGUAGAAAUUGAGAAUACAAUACCUCGGUGUUUCAUCUAACGAACCAGGUGUUACCCCACGCGUGUGCUCGUCUUUGUGCUUCAGUGGGCGAAUAGGGACGCCUAUAAGGAGACUCUGCUGAAGCUGGGCGGGCUGUUCAGGAAGAACUUUGAGGUCUUCGCGGACUAUCAGAUUGGCGAGGACAAUAAGCUGACCGAAGAGAUCCUGGCGGCUGGUCCUAUUUUCUGA